AAGGCGGUCAGGAUUUGCUCCUCGCCGUCGCUGCUGCGCCAACUCGAUCGUCCCCCGCCGCUGAGCCGAGCCUCCACGAGACGAGAUCCGGCGAGGGAUGGCGGCUCCCGACUCUUGCCCUUCGAUAAAGAACAUCCUUCUCCUUGACUCUGAAGGGAAACGAGUAGCUGUCAAGUACUACUCAGAUGAUUGGCCAACCCUUUCUGCAAAAUUAGCAUUCGAGAAGUCAGUGUUCACCAAGACGCAGAAAACAAAUGCUCGAACUGAAGCGGAGAUAGUUAUGUUUGAUGGCUACAUUGUCGUAUACAAGUUCAUUCAAGAUCUCCAUUUUUUUGUUACCGGAGGGGAUGAUGAGAAUGAGCUCAUUCUAGCAACCGUUCUUCAAGGAUUCUUUGAUGCAGUUGGUCUUCUCCUAAGGAACAAUGUGGAUAAAAGAACAGCACUUGAGAAUCUGGACCUCAUCCUUUUAUGCCUUGAUGAGAUUAUUGAUGGAGGCAUCAUUCUGGAAACUGAAGCUAGCAUAAUUGCUGGAAAGGUUGCAACCCACGGCCUGGAUGGAGCAGCAUCCUUGUCUGAGCAGACUAUAACUCAAGCCCUAGCCACAGCUCGUGAGCACUUGGCAAGAUCUCUUCUUAAAUGACACUGUUCCAAGCCGGUGACCUUUUGUUUGGACGGAUAUGCAAACCGAGUGUUCCCUUUAGAAAAGCUUGUUUUUUGAUGUUGAAACUUUUUGUUUAUGUUUUGUCUGUUGAAAUAUCACAAUUAGCAUACAUGUCAGAUGUAUUUGAAGCAUCUAAUGACUGACUUGAUGGAAGAAACACAUUGAAAGUAACCUACUAAUCCCUCA